ACCGCGCUUGACCACAUAAACAAAUAUAAACGUCAUCAGGCUGCGCUGCAUUCUGCUGUGAUCGCUGAUGAUCGGCGAAGAAAGGAGGAAAGAGGAAAACUCCUGCUGAAGCGACUGAUCUCCACACUGUUAUAAAGAUGGCGUUUAUUAAAGAGGAGAGUGAAGACCUGAAGAUUGAAGAAACGUUCAGAAUCAAAUAUGAAGAUUCGCAGGAACAGACAGACCCGAUUAUGCUGAAAGAGGAGACUCAAGAUCUGAAUGAAUUGAAUAUUGACGAUCCCCACAGAAGUCAUUUCAUAACAGGAGAGGGAUCUUGUAGAUGCCCACAAACUGAAAACUCUUCCUCACAAACAACAAACAAAUGUUACGAGUGUGAAAAAGGUUUCGAACAUAAAAAAACCUUUAAAGAGCACAUGCUAACGCACUUUAUAGAUGGCUGUUUUAUAUGCCAGAAGUGUGGAAGGAGAUGCAAAAACUGGAGAACCUUCGAGAAGCACAUGAAAGUUCACACUGGAGAAAAACCUUUCAGCUGCCAAGAGUGUCCAAAGACUUUCGCCCGAAAGGAUAAACUCAAACUCCACAUGAGAGUUCACACUGGAGAGAAACCGUUCACGUGCCAAGAGUGUGGAAAAAGUUUUGCUCAAAAGGGAUACCUCAAAAUCCACAUGCGAUUUCACUCCGGAGAGAAGCCUUUCGCCUGCCCAGAGUGUGGAAAGAGCUUCAUUCAACAAGGAGACCUAACGGUCCACAUGAGGAUUCACACUGGAGAGAAGCCUUACACUUGCCAACAGUGCGGAAAGGGUUUUUCUCACACUUUAAGCCUCAACAUCCACAUGAGAGUUCACACCGGAGAAAGGCCUUUCAGCUGCCAGCAGUGUGGAAAGAGUUUCAGUCAACUAGUGGGCCUUAAAUUCCACAUGAGAAUUCACACCGGAGAAAAACCCUUCUGCUGCCAACAGUGUGGAAAGAGUUUCAGAGUGAAGACGAACCUCACAGCGCACAUGAUCGUUCACACUGGAGAAAAGACUUUCACCUGCCAGGAGUGUGGUGCGAGUUUCAGAGUUCGAAAGAAACUUUCUUCUCACAUGAGAGUUCACGGGUUGUCAGAGUGAGAAGUCUGAAAAGACUUUUGCAAAAUUAAUUUAUUCAGCAGGUCUGAGUGUGGUAAGACGGUUAAAAACAAGUGAUUUCCUAACUCACCCGUGCCCUCACCCUCAUGGUAAUAGGGUACCAGCGAGCCCUUAAAAACACGUUCAACUAAUUUUAGUCCACAGAAAAGCUUACAAAUUAUUCCUGUCCAAAUAUCCACACUUGUGGUCCUGGCCACCUGAGUGGAACUCCAUUUCCCACAAUCUCCUGCGCUGAUUACUCACUCACCUGUUUCCCAUUGUCUAUUUAAGCCACACUCGAGCUCACACAUAUUGCGAAGUCUAGUGUUUCCUGGCUGACCUAGGGUUUUCCUACUUUGGAUUUCUGUGUUUGACUCUGGACUGCUCUCUUGUUCUGCGAUUUGUUUAUGCUGCCUGCCCUGGAACCCUGGUUUUCUCUCUAUGGUUGUAUCCGAGAUCGCCCCCUUUACCCGCAUACACUAAUGAAUUGUGAAUCAUACUGAACGAAUCGUAAUGAGCUUAUGAAUCAUGCACUAGUGAAUUGGAGCACUAAGAACACUAAUGUGGAUUGUGUUUUGAUUGUGUUUUGCUGUUCGAUGAAAAUAAAAUAAUGUUGACCGUG